CUGCCGCCGGGAUGCGGCGGGAGGCGUGAGGCGGCGCGGCUGAGGCGAGGAGGGGACGGGCGAUGCUCGGCCGCCGCGGCGGCUCCGCUCACGGGCGGCCCUAGGAGCGGCGGUGGCGCGCAGAGAGGGACGGCUCUCCGGCCGGCCGGCCGCGACCCCCGCCCGCCGCGAUGGCCAGCGAGGUGGUGUGCGGGCUCACCUUCCGGCUGCUCCUGCCCGUGUGCCUGACUGCCGCCUGUGCUUUCCGUUACAAUGGGCUCUCCUUUGUCUACCUCAUCUACCUCCUGCUCAUUCCUCUGUUUUCAGAACCCACAAAAGCAACGAUGCAAGGGCACACAGGACGAUUACUGAAAUCUCUGUGUUUCACCAGUCUGUCAUUUCUGCUGCUGCACAUCAUCUUUCAGAUUACAAUAAACAGUCUUGAAGCUGCAAAAAGUAUUGAACCUGGUUUUAACUGUUCGACAUGGGAGAAAACAUUACGGCAGAUUGGUUUUGAAAGUGUGAAAGGAGCAGAUGCUGGGAACGUGAUCAGACUAUUUGUACCAGAUAUUGGGAUGUUCAUUGCUAGUCUGACAAUAUGGCUCAUCUGCCGCAACAUGUUUCAGAAGCCAGUAACGGAGGAUGCAGCACAGUGGAACAUGCAGUUUGAAAAUGAGGAGAUGGCUGUAAGAGAAAAAUUAGAGCCAGAUGAUGCCUUGAUGUAUGAAGAAGAUCUGGAUGAUGAUGACUGUGGAGAAGCAGAAUUUGAGGAGACCAUGAAAUUAAAACUGCUGCGUAGAAUUGCCUUCCUAGCGUCCAAACUGAGGGAGUUUAUUGGCAAUAUGAUAAUCACCACUGGAAAAGUUGUUGUUACAAUUUUACUUGGUUCAGCAGGUAUGAUGGUGCCAUCUUUGACCUCAGCUGUUUAUUUCUUUGUGUUUUUGGGCCUGUGCACAUGGUGGUCCUGUUGCCAAGCAUUUGAUCCGCUGAUAUUCAGCUGCCUGUGUGUAUUAAUGGCCAUAUUCAGUGCGGGACACUUAAUCGGACUUUAUCUAUACCAGCUACAGUUCUUUCAGGAGGUUGUUCCACCAAAAGAUUUCUAUGCCAGGUUGUUUGGUGUCACUUCUCUUACUCAGACAAACUGCUCAAGCACUUGGAUGAUCAUCAAAAAUCAAGAUUUACAUUGGUAUCACCACGCUAAUCCAAUCUUACUGCUGGUGAUGUACUACACCCUCGCAACUCUCAUUCGUCUCUGGCUGCAGGAGCCCAUUCAGACGCCUGAUGAAGAGAAAUCUGUCAGCAGGGAAGAUGACAAAGAAGCUCCCUGCAGCCCAAUUCCAAUGACAGCGGAGAGGAGACGCAGUCUGUGGUAUGCAAGCCACUAUACAACUGAUGAGAGAAAACUUCUGUCAAUGACCCAAGAUGAAUACAAGCCAUCGGAUGUGCUGCUGGUAACAGUGAAUGGGAACCCAGCUGACUAUCACACCAUCCACCCUCCACUGCCACUAGAGAAUGGUCCAGCCAAAGCAGACAUGUACUCCACACCACAGUACAAGUGGGAGCCUGUGGAUGGCAUAUCAGUAAAGGAAGAGGAGGAGGAGGAAGAAGAAGAGGAAGUUACUCAGGAGGAAAAAGAAAAUGUUAAAUUACAUGCCCUGGUCUCUGUGUUUCAAUUUAUCAUGAAACAAAGUUACAUUUGUGCUCUAAUAGCUAUGAUGGCGUGGAGCAUCACAUAUCACAGCUGGUUGACUUUUGUGUUACUGAUCUGGUCUUGCACAUUGUGGAUGAUUCGGGACCGAAGGAAAUAUGCCAUGAUCAGUUCACCAUUCAUGGUUUUUUAUGGAAAUUUACUGCUAAUAUUACAGUAUAUAUGGAGUAUUGAGCUCAAGAAUGAUGAACUUCCUCAAGUAUCUGGUUUUUUAAAAAGAAAAGACCCUGGGGAGCUGGCAUCAAAGAUUCUUUUCACAAUUACUUUCUGGCUACUGCUUAGGCAACACCUCACUGAACAGAAAGCACUUCGGCUAAAAGAAGCUACUUUAUCUGAGGUCAAAGUUGGAAGUGAAGAAAAUGAAGAAAAAGAAGAGGAGUCGCAAGAGGGAGAAGUGUCAGAAGAACAGGAAGAGGAGAAGGAAGAGGAGGAGGAGGGAGAGGAGGAGGAUGAACAGGAUAUUAUGAAAGUCUUGGGGAAGCUGGUGAUGGCUAUGUUAAUCAAGUACUGGAUUUACGUCUGUGGGGGCAUGUUCUUCUUUGUCAGCUUUGAGGGUACAAUUGUCAUGUACAAAAUCAUCUACAUGGUACUGUUCCUCUUCUGUGUGGCCCUCUACCAGGUACACUAUGAAUGGUGGAGGAAGAUUUUAAAGUACUUCUGGAUGUCAGUGGUUGUUUACACAAUGUUGGUACUUAUCUUCAUCUACACAUACCAGUUUGAGUCAUUCCCUGGGUUGUGGAAGAAUAUGACAGGCCUGGAUGAAAGGAAACUGGAGGACCUUGGCUUAAAACAGUUUUCUGUGGCUGAUCUAUUCACACGCAUCUUUAUCCCUACCUCCUUCCUGCUGGUGUGUAUUUUACAUCUUCACUAUUUCCACGAUCGGUUUCUCCAGAUCACUGAUUUAAAAGCUGUAACCAGCAAACAGGACAACACUAUUUACAGACUGGUGCACCAAGAUGGAAGCCUUCCUGACAUAACUAUGAUGAAUUUAACAGCCAGCAGAGAAAAGGAAGAGGAUAAAAUGCUGGAAGAGGCUGGUGAGAAAAGAAUGGAAGAACCAGAGGGGGAGGGAGGGAAAGGGAGGGUCAAAAAAGGAAAAGAAGAGAAGGAGGAUGAGGAUAAAGAAGACGAUGAUGAUGACGAUGAUGAGGAUGAUGAUGAUGAAGACAAUGAAUCUGAGGAAGAAGAAACUACAGAUUUAAGGAACAAGUGGCAUCUGGUGAUCGACCGCCUUACAGUGCUGUUUUUGAAAUUUCUGGAGUAUUUUCACAAGAUGCAAGUCUUCGUGUGGUGGCUGUUGGAGCUGCACAUCAUCAAAAUUGUUUCCUCUUACAUCAUCUGGGUCACAGUGAAAGAGGUGUCUCUGUUUAACUUUGUGUUUUUAAUUGCCUGGGCUCUUGCUUUGCCAUAUGCUCAAUUUCGCCCACUGGCAUCAAGUAUCUGCACUGUUUGGACAUGUGUGAUUAUUGUCUGCAAAAUGUUGUACCAGCUCACAUCUAUUGAUCCCAAGACUUUUUCCAGUAACUGUACGCUGCCUGGAGAGAAUGAAACUAAGGUAAAUUUAGAAGAACUGAAAACCUCCGUGCUCUACAGUGGGCCAGUUGAUCCUGCAGAGUGGGUUGGAUUGAGAAAGUCUCAUCCCCUUCUUGUGUACUUAAGGAAUAACUUACUGAUGCUGGCUAUUCUGGCUUUUGAAGUUACAAUCUACCGUCACCAAGAAUACUACAGAUGUCGAAAUAACCUCACCGCACCUGUGACUAAAACCAUUUUCCAUGAUAUUACAAGAGCACAUCUGGACGAUGGACUUGUAAACUGUGUCAAGUAUUUCAUAAACUACUUCUUCUACAAGUUUGGGUUGGAGACCUGUUUUCUUCUGUCAGUGAAUGUAAUUGGUCAAAGGAUGGAUUUUUAUGCAAUGAUUCAUGCCUUCUGGCUGAUUGCUGUACUGUAUCGACGUAGGAGAAAAGCUAUCGCAGAGAUCUGGCCAAAAUAUUGCUGUUUCCUAGCAUGCAUCAUUACAUUCCAGUACUUCCUUUGCAUUGGCAUCCCACCUGCUCCUUGUAAAGACUAUCCAUGGAGAAGUGGCAAUGCCAACUUCAACUCCAACAUCAUAAAGUGGUUAUACUUUCCAGACUUCAUUGUGAGACCAAACCCUGUCUUCCUUGUGUAUGACUUCAUGCUGCUUCUGUGUGCAUCCUUGCAAAGGCAGACAUUUGAGGAUGAAAAUAAAGCUGCAGUGCGAAUCAUGGCUGGAGACAAUGUGGAAAUUUGCAUGAACCUUGAUGCAGCAUCUUUCAGCCAGCACAAUCCGGUUCCCGACUUCAUCCACUGCCGGUCCUACUUAGACAUGUAUAAGGUGAUAAUAUUUAGUUACCUCUUCUGGUUUGUGCUUACCAUAAUCUUCAUCACGGGAACCACAAGGAUCAGCAUAUUCUGUAUGGGCUACUUGGUGGCCUGCUUCUAUUUCCUUCUCUUUGGUGGAGACCUGUUGCUGAAGCCCAUCAGGAGCAUUCUGCGUUACUGGGACUGGCUGAUUGCCUACAACGUCUUCGUGAUCACCAUGAAGAACAUCCUGUCGAUAGGAGCAUGUGGCUACAUUGAAUCAUUAAUUAAGAAUAGUUGCUGGGUGAUUCAGGCAUUUAGCCUGGCUUGUACAGUUAAAGGCUACCAUAUUCCAACAGGCAAUCUAGAUUGUAAACUGCCCAGUGGAGAAGCAGGAAUCAUUUGGGACAGUAUAUGUUUUGCUUUCCUCUUACUGCAAAGGAGAGUCUUCAUGAGUUACUACUUCCUUCACGUGGUUGCAGAUAUAAAAGCUUCUCAGAUAUUAGCAUCAAGGGGUGCUGAGCUUUUUCAGGCUACAAUUGUCAAGGCUGUAAAGGCAAGAAUUGAAGAGGAAAAAAAAUCAAUGGAUCAACUGAAAAGACAAAUGGAUCGCAUCAAAGCCAGGCAGCAAAAAUACAAGAAGGGUAAAGAGAGGAUGCUAAGCAUGAACCAGGAGUCCUCAGAGGGGCCGGAGAUUCGGAAGGUUUCUGAAGAAGAUGAUGAAGGAGAUGCAGACAAAGAGAAAGCCAAGGGCAAAAAAAAGCUGUGGUGGCGGCCUUGGGUUGAUCAUGCUUCCAUGGUCAGAAGUGGAAAUUAUUAUUUGUUUGAGACGGAUAGUGAAGAGGAAGAGGAAGAAGAAAAAAAAGAAGAGGAAGAGCCUCGAAAAAAAUCUGCAUUUCAGAGAGCUAUUGGAAAAUUUGCUUCAGCCAUUUUAGCCUUGCCAAAGUCUAUCAUUAAACUACCCAAAACUAUUCUUCAGUAUUUAAUCAAAGCAGCAAAGUUUGUUUAUCAAGCCUGGAUAACUGACCCUAAAACAGCUCUACGACAGAGGCGCAAAGAGAAGAAAAGUUUUGGGAAAGAGAAGCGAAGGCGAAAAGGAUCUGGGGAUGGAGGUGGCAGUGAUGCAGACUGUGAGGACAGUGAAGAGGAACCUGUCAAAAAGAAAUCUGAUGGACCAGAUAACAUCAUCAAGAGGAUAUUUAAUAUCUUGAAGUUUACUUGGGUCCUUUUCCUGGCAACCCUGGACAGUUUCACAGCUUGGCUUAACUCCAUCUCCAGAGAGCACAUCGAUAUCUCCACUGUGCUCAGGAUCGAGCGCUGUAUGCUGACCAGGGAGAUUAAGAAGGGCAAUGUUCCGACACGGGAGAGCAUCCAUUUGUAUUACCAGAACCACAUGAUGAAACUUUCUGAGGAGUCAGGACUAGACUCAAUUGAUAAAAAUCCCAGUCAAGCUUCUGGUCUGCAAGCAUCUGAAAGAAUGGAUAGUUUAGAUUCAGCAGCAUCUCAUGACAGCAUCUCCAGCUGCUACACUGAAGCAACCAUGCUGUUCUCAAGGCAGUCAACCCUUGAUGAUUUAGAUGGACCAGACUCUGUUCCUAAAACAAGUGAGCGCGCCCGACCUAGGCUUCGUAAAAUGCAGAGCAUGGAUAUGUCCUCCUCAUCAGCUGACAGUGGCAGUAUAGUGUCAAGUGAGCCCACACAGGUCACCAUGCUCUAUUCCCGCCAGGGGACCACAGAAACCAUUGAGGAGGUAGAAGGGGAGCAUGAGGAAGAAGGAGCUCAUUCUGCAUCAAGGUUGGAGGAAGAGGAGGUAGAAGAUUAUAGCCUGGAUUCAGAAGGAGCUGCAUAUACUCCUGAUACCGAUGUGCCAUUGUACUCCACAGUGGACAGCAAUGCAGAAGCUCCACCUUCCUAUAGCAAAGCUGUCAGCUUUGAACACCUUCCCUUUGGCUCCCCAGAUGACUCAGCUGGGAAGAGCCUCAUGAUGGUGAGCCCAGACGACAGUCGGACGGACAAACUUGACACGAUUCUGCCCCCACUGACGCACGAGCUAACAGCUAGUGAGCUGCUCCUGAACAAGAUGUUUCGUGAUGAUGAGUUGGAGGAGUCAGAGAAGUUCUAUGUUGGUCAGCCUCGAGUCUUGCUCCUAAUUUAUGCCCUGUACAAUACGCUGGUGGCCCGGUCAGAAAUGGUGUGCUAUUUUGUAAUCAUCCUCAACCACAUGAUCUCUGCCUCCAUGAUAACCCUGGUGCUUCCCAUCCUUAUAUUCCUGUGGGCCAUGCUGUCUGUUCCUCGGCCAAGCAAACGCUUCUGGAUGACAGCCAUUGUCUACACUGAGGUGGCCAUUGUCAUCAAAUACUUCUUCCAGUUUGGCUUCUUCCCUUGGAAUAAACAUGUGGAUUACACAAAAGACAAACCUUACCAUCCACCCAAUAUUAUUGGCAUUGAGAAGAAAGAGGGUUAUGUGCACUAUGAUCUUGUUCAGCUUCUUGCUUUAUUCUUCCACAGAUCCAUUUUAAAGUGCCAUGGACUGUGGGAUGAAGAUGAGAAAGGAGACAGCUCCAGUAAUAAAGGGGAUACUGAUGAUGAGCUCUCUCUGGCAGGAGGCAGGAGAGACUCCUCUGCCUCUUUGAAAUCUGUCAAUCUUGCUGCAUCAGUGGAGUCCAUCCAUGUCCACUUCCCCGAGCAGCAGGCUGCCAUCAGGAGGAAGAGUUCUAGCAGCAUAUCCCAGCUUUCUCACAGGUCCAGCUUCUCCUCACACAGAUCUAAGAGAGGAAGUACCAGUACACGGAACAGCAGUCAGAAGGGAAGCAGUGUGUUAAGCAUCAAGCAAAAAUCUAGAAAAGAGCUUCUCAUGGAAAAGUUUCGAGAACAAAUGAUCAAAGCCAAGGCUUUUACAGUUAAAAAGACUCUCCAGGUGUAUGUGCCCAUCAGACAGUUUUUCUACAAUCUUAUUCAUCCAGACUACAGUGCCGUGACUGAUGUGUACGUGCUGAUGUUCCUCGCAGAUACAGUGGACUUCAUCAUCAUUGUGUUUGGAUUUUGGGCUUUUGGGAAACAUUCUGCUGCAGCUGAUAUCACCUCUUCAUUAUCAGAGGACCAGGUCCCAGAGGCAUUUUUGGUGAUGGUGCUCAUUCAGUUUGGUACCAUGGUGGUAGAUCGAGCACUGUACCUCAAAAAGACUGUCAUGGGAAAAGUCAUCUUCCAGGUCAUCCUUGUUUUUGGGAUACAUUUCUGGAUGUUCUUUAUCUUGCCUGGAGUGACAGAAAGGAAAUUUAGCCAGAACACAGUUGCCCAGCUCUGGUAUUUUGUGAAAUGUGUUUAUUUUGGCUUAUCAGCUUAUCAGAUACGCUGCGGAUAUCCAACUCGUGUUCUUGGCAACUUCCUCACAAAAAGUUAUAACUAUGUCAACCUGUUCUUAUUUCAAGGGUUCCGCCUAGUUCCAUUUUUGACUGAGUUGAGAGCAGUAAUGGACUGGGUUUGGACUGAUACCACUCUCAGUCUCUCCAGCUGGAUCUGUGUUGAAGAUAUCUAUGCUCAUAUAUUCAUCCUGAAGUGUUGGCGAGAGUCAGAAAAAAGAUAUCCUCAGCCAAGAGGCCAGAAGAAAAAGAAAGUUGUGAAGUAUGGAAUGGGUGGCAUGAUUAUCGUCUUGCUGAUUUGUAUUGUCUGGUUCCCACUGCUCUUCAUGUCUUUAAUCAAAUCUGUUGCAGGCAUCACCAACAAGCCUCUAGAUGUAUCAAUCACAAUAACUCUAGGAGGUUAUCAGCCUAUUUUUACCAUGAGCGCUCAGCAGAAUCAGCUCAAAAGUUUGGAUCAAAAUGAGUUCAGUGAAUUUCUAGGAAGCUAUAGGGGUAACACUGCUGCUUUGCAGUUUCUAGAGGGCUAUGCAAGAGAAGAUAUAACUCGAGCAGAUCUGGAGGGAAAUUCAAACUCUUUAUGGACCAUCAGCCCUCCCAGUAGAAAGAAAAUGAUACAGGGGCUUCUAGACUUCGAUGCUGAUUUCACUUUAGUUAUUUCAUGGACCAUUCAGAGAAAUCUCUCCCUUGGUGCCAAAGCUGAAAUAGCGUCAGAUAAACUUACCUUUACGCUAAAAAACCAUACCAGAAGACAUAUUGCUACAAUGAUGGAUGGAAAUCAAACGGAAAAGGUAACAUUAGAAGAAGUGUACCCAUACUAUAUCAAGGCUCCCAGUGAUUCUCUGGCAAAACCCAUAAAGCAGCUGUUGACAGACUGCAAGUGGGAAAAUAUUACAGUUUCCCUUGUCAAAACAAAUACAUCUGAAGAGUGGUGGGUUUUGAAUCAGCUUGGAAAAAGACAUAAGAUGUCUCAAGAGAGUCUUGAACUCUUUAUAUUCAGUGAUAAAGUCAGUCCACCGAGCCUUGGAUUCUUGGCUGGUUAUGGCAUUAUGGGACUGUAUGCCUCAGUUGUCCUGGUGAUAGGCAAGUUUGUCCGUGAAUUUUUCAGUGGGAUCUCUCACUCCAUCAUGUUUGAGGAGCUACCCAAUGUAGACCGAAUCCUGAAGCUGUGUACUGACAUUUUCCUAGUGCGAGAGACUGGAGAACUGGAACUGGAGGAAGACCUGUACGCCAAGCUAAUAUUCCUGUAUCGCUCACCAGAGACUAUGAUCAAGUGGACUAGGGAAAAAACUAAUUGAUCUCUUUGGCAUCACACUGCAAAUCAAGUUGGUUAAAUCUGAAUUUUAAAGGAAAAAUCAAAAAAAGCACAAUAUUCUCUUAAGAGCUAAGCCUUUUAUAGUUGGGUAGCAAUGAUUUUUCACUGAAGGAAUCCUGGAAGCUAUGGCCUUAGGAAUCCAUGCUGCCUUUCAAAUUAAGGAUCAACAGUGAAGAAGGUUGAAUGAUCUGUUCUUUUUAAUGUGCCACUCCUCUACAAUCUGGGGACUGCUUUGUAAUUUAAUCAGCAAAAAGUUUGCAUCUUUGUCUGGCUAAUUUAAUUUUCCAGACGACCAUUACAACUUAGAGAGAAACAAAAGGAAUGAACCCACAGAUGACUCCAGUGUUCCUUCUUAAUCCUUUCUGGAGCCACACAGUUUGGAUUGUGCAAUAUGCUGUUGUACAUCACUGACUUUCAAGCUACAGUAAUGGGACACUGACAAGCCUUCAGGACACCCAGCACCCAGGGCCACACUGGGAACUGAAGACAUUCUAGCCAUACCCAUUUGUAGAAAAGCAGAGGUUUUGAUGUACAAGGGACACUGUGGACAAGCCUCUGUCAGAAAAAAAAAACAAGUAACAAUCUCUUGAAAUGCCUUAUUUUAUUUGUACAGUCACAGGAGACAUUUCCACCAAACAUCAAAGACUUUUCUCAGGAAAAAGAAAAAGCAACUGAAACUUGACACUUUGUCGAGAUUAACUAAUGGCUAGAAUAAUUAUGGUGAAUUAUGGGGUGUUCUGCUGGGCCAUUCUCUUCAGCAUUACUGCUUUCCAUUGGAUGAAAAAAGAAGGUGAAAUUGAUGACCUAAUGAGCUACUUCAUUUCUUAUAACCCUUUAAAGACUGAGUAGUGUGUGCUUCUCUCUGCUCCCCAUGACAUGCUUUUUCCCAUUUCGAUGAUUUAAGGCAACUGUUGUUUUGCUGUUAGCUGAUAUUCUUCUUCCAGUGUUUCAGGUAUACAAAAAUGUUUACAUAUUCCAAGUCACAUUUUUACAUCUGAGACGGGUUUUUUUUUUAAGUUCCCAAAUAUAGACAUAUGUAUGAGCUUGAGAAAUGCCUUUUUUUUUUUUAAUUGCUAUUAUUAGUGAAACAAAUGGCUCAUUAGAGAACAUUGCAGCAUGAAAAUUUACAAUUGCAAUGUAGGUUUCUUUCCAUGUUAAAAAAAAAACCAGAAAAAAAAAAAUCAUUGAGUGGAUAGGGUAUGUUAAAAGGAUAUACUUGUAGUUUUGAUUCAGUAAUGACUUAAAAUAAAGCACAUGUUGCAAAGUCAUUUUAGAAGUAUUUUUUCCUCUGCCUUUUUACAUGAAAUGGGAAAAGUUUGACAUUCUUCUUAAUCUGUGACAAAUAAAUCUCUUUCUUGUAGUUAGCUGCUAUUUAUUAUAUGAAUGAUUAGUUAAUCACCAGAAAGAAACUAACAUAAUUUACUGGCACAUUUUACUGCAGAACUUCAUAAAACAGCACAACUAAAUGAAGUUGAAACAUACUCUGCUGAGUGCUUCCAUGACAAAUGCUGUCACAUCCAUUCUAUACUGUGAAAACUAACACUUUGAGCACCUUGAUGUGCACAAAAUAAAAAAUUGCUUCAUGAUAUUGUAACAAUAAAAUAAUUUGGUGACUGGAACUCACUGGAAGACAACCUGAUUUCCUCUAAAGUGAAAAGGUGGCUGCUCAUACAGCCAGGAAGCAUUUCCCCCUGGAAAGUUUUGCUUCAUUUCUUCCAUAGGUCCUGUGGAUGAAAAUUGAAAUAUACAGGGCAGCCCUGACAUAGCACUCAGGGAUGCUAAAAUGUCUUUUAUAGAUGGAUCCUCACCUGGCUGUUCAGUGAUUUUAAGGAGACCAACACUGGAAGGAGAAGCAUGAAGGAUGUAGUGUGUUUCUAAAGGUACCAGCCAGCAGAACCAUGCUGGCCACAGUUGGUCCCAGCUCCCUUCCUGGUCCCUUCUCUUUAACAGGCACUGCCUUUCUGUUGGGAAAAAUCUGUCUUCAGAACGAGCUGUACAGUUAUUCGGGCUUUGCAAAAAUGUGCUGCUCUUUCUUUCAUGGAUUGAUCAAACUUUGAAAAUAAAAGGAUUCUUCUGUUGGG